CUCGCGCCGCACCCGCCACUUCCGCCGUGAAGCCGCCAUGGCCACGCUCUCGCUCUCCUCCCGCCCCCUCACCUUCCUCCGCCCGAACCGCGCCAAGCCUCCCCUCCACCGCCUCCUCCGCCCCAAGCCCCUCGCCUCGUCCUCCGCCUCCGCGCUGACGCCACCGACGCCCCGCCCCGACCCCACCGACACCCCCGACCCCACCCCGCUCUUCCUCCGCCCGGCGUGCCACCCGGCCCCGGCCGCGGCGCUCGCCGCCUUCCGCCGCCGCGCGGCCGCGCUCGUCCCGCCCUCCGCGCCGCACCUCCACCGCCACCUCCGCUGGCUCCUCUCCGACGCCGCUGCCGCCGACCCCUCCUCCGACCCGGCGCUCCUCCGCGCGCCGCUGGACGACCUCGAGGCCAUGUGGGCCCACCACGUUCGGGGCCGCCGCCCGUUCCAGUACGUGGUCGGGAACGAGCACUGGCGGGACCUGGUGGUGGCCGUGAGGGAGGGCGUGCUCAUCCCGCGCCCCGAGACGGAGGCCGUCGUCGACAUGGUAACAAAAGUGGAGGGGUUCGCGGACGGGUGGUGGGCGGACCUCGGCACGGGCAGCGGCGCCAUCGCCGUGGCCGUCGCGAGGGAGCUCGGCGCCGAUGGGAGGGUGUUCGCUGUUGAUGUCAGCGAGGUGGCCGUCGAGGUCGCCACGCUCAAUGUCCAGAGGUACGGGGUGCAGGGUAAAGUUGAAAUAAGGCAUGGUUCGUGGUUCGAACCUCUGCAAGAUGUGAAAGGAAAACUCAUGGGGGUGAUUAGUAACCCUCCAUAUAUACCAACCGAUGAUCUACCUGGACUUCAACCUGAGGUUGGUUGGCAUGAACCAAAGUUGGCGCUUGAUGGAGGCAAGGAAGGCCUUGAGCAUCUUCUCCAUCUUUGUGAAGGGUUAUCUUCAGUCCUGAAGCCUGGGGGUUUCUUUGUUUUUGAGACUAAUGGCAAUAAGCAGUCUGAGUUCCUUGUUGAUUUGAUAAGCACAAAGUGGAGUUCUUCUUUUCAUAACGUGGAGGCAGUAUUAGACUUUGCAGAAAUCAAGCGAUUUGUAACAGGAUAUCGCAGAUGAACACCAAAGCAUGGAUGUCGAUGUAAUACUUUGGAGACAAAUAAUUUUUCCAUUAAGACUUUGGUCCUUGCCAUUUAAAAAUGGGAUCAGUCUGGGGUGGCUUCUGCAGAAAGCAAACAACUCAUACCAUUGCCCUCUGCAGAGCUUAUCACUUGCAGUUUAAGUCUGGUGGUCACAAUGAUAUAGUGCAAAGUCAAUCAUCAAUGGUCACAAUGAUAAAUAUACAUUCUUUAGGUGUGCGAGGUAACAUUUUCACCAAAGCCAAGCUGAGGACCGAUCAAUUGUCCAACUGCCCAAGGAAGCUGUACAAUAGACAAGAAUUGGCAGUUUGCAUUCAGAAGACGUAGCGUGUAUUUGGUCGCUUGUUUUGCGGCGUGUUGGGCGAUGAUUGUGAUUUAAAGUGGAGGCUUUUGUGGCCUCCAAAAUUAUUCCGCCGUCCACACGCCACUUUGUGUGCUUAAUUAUUGAUGCCGUGGGCCGGUAAUCCCAGAAAAGUUGAAUGAAUAAAGCAGAAGAGAUACCUAAGGAUGACUUUACACUGCAGUAACAAUUUUGUGGCUGGAUUGCAGAUGAAUUGCUAUACAAAUUACCAUGGCAGGUAGAAUUCUUCUAUUGCUUCAUAAUUCUGUUCUGCCCUUUUAUCGAGUCAUGGUAUGAUGCAAAUUUGAUCGGCUGAUGAUUCACACAUAGCAUUUUCGAAGUCCGUGCUCACUAAUUUAUCCUUUGUGAAAAGAACACUAGAGUUUUACUGCUAAAAAUAUUCCGAAAAUCAUGAGAUGUGACACCUAAGGAUUCCAGCACAGGGGUCGCUGAAAAGGAAAUGUCGGGGGUCAAGAGAUGCCCCUCAUCUUUGCUGCCAAUUUUACUAGCAAAAGCUACACUUCUAUGCAAAAUCUUUGGCCAACUCCUUGACUACCACUAGAGAUUGCUGGAAGCUGGUAGUGAGCAGGUAGCAUGGCAAGUCUGACGGCUUGUGAGUUGUGAAGUGGUUCUCUCCUGUUCAUCUACCUCACCCAUCAUUGUCCAUCCAACUGUCGUUUGUUUUUUUAAUGAAAACCUGGUCGUUUGGUUUGUUUAUCCACCAAUUUGCAGUGCUAUUGUUGCAUGGUAUGAGGAUUAUGCCAAAGAUGUGAUUAGUUGAUUUGCCAACUCCCAACUUGGGUUGAACAAUAUUUGGUUUUAUUCAUUGAAAACACUAUAUUUUGAGGGUUGAUAUAUGGGUUUUUCAUUCUUGUGGAAAGAAUGGGCAUGUGGGGAUUAUAAUGUGCAUAAGAGGGUUAGAAAACUUGCAGGGAAUGUGGUUGAUGGUGAGGUUUGCAGGGUUGUUGUGUAAGUAACACCAAGCACCAAUGAGGUCAAGACUCGAGAAAAAGAGAUGUGCAUGUUGGAGUGAGUACUUAAUCUGUCUCUCUUUGUUUUAGAUUGUAGAUUAUAGAAUGACAAUUGAAAACAAAGAGCACCAAGUCAAUUUAGAAAUCUUAUGCCGGUUUGGUGAACUAGUCUUUCCACCGCAGAUAAUGGUACAAAAACCCUGCAAAAUCCAAAUGCACAUUUAACUUGCCAA